AUGGCCUUGCCUAUGAAACAGAUUGUGAUGAAAAAGGCAAUGAAGGCGAUGAAGAAGAAGGCCGUUAGCAAGAUCGCUCGUGGCAAGCUGGCAAAGACGAUCGUUUUCAAGGGGCGCAAGGACUUCCGGGAGAAGACGUCGACCGGCCUCCAGAAGAUGCAUCUGAUGAAGAACAAGCGCGGCAAGGUGGUCACCAAGAAGCAGCACGCCAUUGGCAAGGCGUUGUUCAAGAAGACCGGCCAGCGAUGGCUCGAGGCGUGCGUGACGGCCAGGAGGGAGUUGGGAGUCAAGGGCUUUUGUGCCAUUGGCGGAAAGAGUGCUCAGGGCAAGGCGCUCUAUGCCAAGGCCAAGUCGCUGUAUGCGGCUUGA